CAUAAAGACACACAAAGAAAAGAUACAGAGACCAUCAGGACUUUGCUCUUUAGUUUUGUGGGGUUUUGUAGUGUUGUGGGAAUUUACAAAAUCCAAACAAAGUAAAUCAGUUGGAACCUGGGACAGAGGCUGAGAGGAUGCAGAGAGCGGUGUGUCUGGUGUCUUUGCUGGUCCUGAGUUCGGCCUGGAUCCUGCAAGCGGACCCUGUGAUGUCAGUACCUCUCACGCAGGAGGACUUUGAUCUUGGCCGGUUCAUGGGGAAGUGGUUUGAGUUAGCAGUGGUUUCUACUUGUCCUCGCUACAUGCAGCGCAAGAGGGGAAACCCCGUCAUUUUUGCACUGGAGCUGCAACAUGUUGCCUUUGAGGGCAACUUCACAACGACAGCCACUAUUUUCAGGAACAGCUCAUGUCAGCAGACAUCCACGAAUUAUGGUUUGACAAAGACUCCAGGACGAUUCUUCCACCAUGUUGCAAGGUUCGGAGGAGACGUUGAUUCCUUCGUGGUUCAUUCCAAUUAUGAUGAGUACGCAAUGAUGCUUCUGCUGAGCACAGAGAAACCCUCAGGGAUUAAAACCACCACAAUCAAGCUUUAUAGUCGAACUAUGAGUGUGAGGACCGCUGUGCUGGAUGAAUUCAAAGCGGUGGUCAGACAACAUGGAGUGACUGAUGCUAUCAUCAUGAACCAGAAUAAAGAAACCCCCACCCUCUCCAUCUUACUGUCUUCCCAGGUGAGUGUGUUCCUGGUCAGAUGACAACGCCCGUCACUGCUGAGCCUCAGGUACGUGCGUGUCAGAUGUGCUGAAAUGACAUUUGCAAACUGAUACCACAAAUCUGUAUUUGUAUAAAUCAGUCACCUUUGGUGGUUAUUUUGUAUGUCUUUCAUUCAGGUUAUUGUUCCCAAGAUGUAGGAAAAAAACACAGUGCCACCUGUGGUUCCUGCACAAGAGAAGUAUACUGGGAAUGUUUGACUAGGGUGAGAGAUCAUGUGGAAUAACUGAAGAGAAAGAUUAUUGCACAAACCAGACUAUCAUGUUGUCACACUAAUGCAGAGUGU